CAUUGUCAAUCACUAAAAUUGACAGUACAUCACAAUAUCACAUCAAAAAUGAAAUAAAACCAAGGUUUUUACUAAUAUGAUACUAUUCAGCAACCCAUUCCACCAUAUCCACUUAUAAUAUAUUAGAAAAGUCAGCAAACAAUCCAACAUGAGUGAAAACUGCUGGUGGUGCGGCCGGAAGAUCUCCAAGGACCUCUCCAAGUACAACUCCUGCAUAUUGGGAUGUACUCAUCGUUUGCCGCUAGUAGACGCCCCCAUAAUCUGGGUGCUCGGCGGGCCGGGCAGCGGCAAGGGCACUCAGUGUGAGAAGCUGGUGACCAAGUACGAGCUGACUCACCUGUCCACGGGAGAUCUGCUGCGGGCUGAGAUGAGGACCUGCUCGGAGCGGAGUAGGAAUAUUGCUGCUGUUAUGAAGAAAGGUGAGUUGGUGCCCACAGACAUAGUCCUCCAACUGCUGAAGGAGGCCAUCAUCAGGUUCGCGCACUGCAGCCCCGGCUUCCUGGUGGACGGGUUCCCGCGCGAGCUCCUGCAGGGCAUCGCCUUCGAGACCACCAUCGGACCGCCUACUGUGGUCCUGUACUUCGAGGCUUCACAAAAUGUCCUUGCCGAGCGCAUCAAGGCGCGCUCGCUGACGUCCAACCGCAUCGACGACAACGACGCCGCCGUGGCUGUGAGGCUGAAGACCUUUCUGGAAAACAACGACAAGAUCUUGGAUGAAUACGCUGAUAAGUUGAAGAGGAUAAAUGCUGAAAGAACCGUCGACGAGAUCUUCAUCGAAGUCAUGGACAUAGUGGACCCCCUAGUGGCGAAGGCGACCGCGAAGGUGGCGCCCCCCACCGCCGACCGGCCGCCUGAAGACGACGGGGUGUCCGCCGCGUCCGUUGCAGAACCAUCGGCUAUGUAGACCACCAUCAUCACGAUAUGCAGGACAGGAUACACCUAGUGGGACCGAAACAAAGGAAAUAAACUUGUUACAAUAUUA